UCUCAAAUUUCUAGUACAUAUCAACUAACACAGAACCAAGUUCCAAUCUAUAGCUAGUUUUCAUGGCUUCACUCAAGUCAACUUUCUUGAUCACAUUCCUUGUUUUUCUCCUCCAGUUUUCUGAGAUCAGGAGCCAUGGAGGCAACGAUGAUGGCGACACACCAGCUACCAGUACCGGGAGUCCACGCUCGAAAGGGCUGAUUUUGGUGAAAAUUUGGUGUCUGUUGAUCAUGUUUUUUAGCACAUUUGCCGGGGGAGUUUCCCCAUAUUUCUACAGAUGGAAUGAGAGUUUUCUUCUGUUGGGCACUCAGUUCGCCGGCGGUGUGUUCUUGGGAACAGCUCUCAUGCAUUUCUUGAGUGAUUCAACCUCCACGUUCGGCGACCUUACCACCAAAAGUUAUCCCUUUUCAUUCAUGUUGGCAUCGGCGGGUUAUCUUCUGACUAUGUUGGCAGACAGUGUGAUUGCGUAUGUUUUGGGAAGCCAUGACAAGGAGGCUAGAGUGGACGUGGAAGUGGAGAGUGGCGCCGGCAAAGAGGCUGCCCCAAACCCAUUUCUUGCGAAGACUACUUCAGUUGGUGACACCUUGCUUCUCAUACUUGCUUUGUGCUUCCACUCAGUUUUCGAGGGCAUUGCUGUUGGAGUAGCAGAUACAAAAGCCGAUGCAUGGAGAAAUAUGUGGACGAUUUCGCUUCACAAGAUAUUCGCAGCUGUUGCAAUGGGUAUUGCACUUCUAAAGUUGAUACCUAAGAGGCCAUUUCUGGCAACUUUGGCUUACUCAUUUGCCUUUGCUAUUUCAAGCCCCGUCGGAGUAGGCAUAGGCAUUGCUCUUGAUGCCACGACUCAAGGCCGUCGGGCUGAUUGGACUUACGCUAUCUCAAUGGGACUCGCUUGUGGAGUUUUCGUCUAUGUAGCUAUCAAUCAUUUAAUAGCUAAAGGCUUUAGACCACAGAACAAAUGUCACUUCGACACUCCAUUUUUCAAAUUCUUUGCUGUGCUCUUUGGUGUGGGAGUAAUAGCAGUUGUUAUGAUAUGGGACUAAGUCUUUUUCUGCUUAACUAAUGCUGUGGAACCAUUCCAAAAUUGAGUCUGUUAAACAAAUUAUACAAUUUUCUUCCCUAUUUGAUCUGGAAUCUACAUUUGUA